AUGGAUGAACAUAUUGAGAAACUUUCCAUUCUUAGUCUCGAGAAAGAAGAUGCCAUGAUAAGCAGCCAAAAUGCAAUUCCGAAGAUCGUGCGUCAGGAUCGACUGUUUUCUUCAGAACCAAAAAACGAUAACAUUUCCGAGCCAAAGUCGAACUCUUAUCGUGAAUCAUCGAACGAAAGUGUUCAAAACCUUUUUGGCGUUGAGACUUCUAGAGUGGUACUCGAUGAUAAUGACAAUUUGCAAAGUACUGUAAUACUACAAAACCCAUUAGUGGCUAAUGAUUUCGAUACAAAUCAAGAAUUUCCCGCGGAAAUAAAAAACUUUUUAGGUCAGGCUGAAGAAAAAGUGGAAUUGUCAGACUCGAAGACACUUGAGUACAUAAGGUAA